ACAAAUGGGCGGGUCUAUAUCACUUUCCACGAAGGAGGCGUGGCGACAGAAACGUAAUGGGCAGGAUGAAGAGACGCAGAGAGCCGGUGUAGUACGCAGAGCUCAGCGAGCUACAGAGGAGUUCGAUACCAGAGCUAAUGUUUGUUAGAAGAAAGGCUGCGAUAAACAUAGAAAACUAAUAAUAAUAACAAUAAUUAUGUCCUCUUGACAGGUUGAGGAGCGAGGCGAUUAGGUCUGUUGCCGGAGCUACUCCAUAUGUGUAACUUAGCUGUUCGAACGACUGCUUGUCUUAAAGGUUAAUUCUAGCGUGGAUUCAACUGCUCGUGCACGAUAGUAGCGACAGAGGAAAUUGAUUGGAUCGGUAGUGCCCUUGCCCAUUCUCCGUCAGAAGGACAACAUCAGACCGGAAUCGAAUCUUCGCGGUCUGCAUCGCCACGAUCCCCGUGCGUGAUCAGAGGAGCUCAAGCAGACUGGCCGUCCUUAAUAUAUUCACCAUAAUGUCAGCAAGAGAGCGGCAGCAGGAAUUCUACAUCAAGGCAGAGCCUGCAAGCCCAGAAAGUAUCAGCCAGCACAGCCCAGGAGGAUCCUCAGAUUCAAGUAACAGUGGUGGAGGGGGAGCAGCCAAUGAACACUACUCUUCUCCACUUUAUGGAGCUCCUCGAUGUCAUUAUGAGGAAGAGAACUCGGAAGAGCCUCCAACAGGGGGCAAAUGCAAGUAUGCCCUUACCACUCUGCCCAAACGACUGUGCCUAGUGUGUGGUGACAUUGCCUCUGGGUUUCACUAUGGGGUGGCAUCCUGUGAAGCAUGUAAAGCAUUCUUCAAACGCACUAUCCAGGGAAGUAUAGAAUACAGUUGUCCUGCUACAAAUGAGUGUGAAAUCACAAAACGUCGUCGGAAGGCCUGCCAGGCCUGUCGAUUUACAAAGUGCUUGAAAGUUGGAAUGCUUAAAGAAGGUGUACGUUUGGACCGAGUACGAGGAGGCAGGCAAAAAUAUAAACGCAGGCCAGAAGUGGAGGCAAUGACAUACCAGGGGUCAUAUCAGAGCCCACAAGCUACUCAGCCUAUCAGGAAGCCAGCUACAACAAAUAAUAUUGUGUCUCACUUGAUGGCAGCAGAGCCAGAGAAGUUGUUUGCAAUGCCUGAUCCACUAGUACAGGACAGCUACCUGAAAACCAUGACCACCCUGUGUGACCUGGCAGACCGUGAAUUGGUUGUUAUCAUAGGCUGGGCCAAGCACAUUCCAGGUUUUCCAUCACUAUCUUUGGCUGACCAGAUGUCAAUUCUACAGAGUGUAUGGCUAGAGGUUCUAAUCUUGGGAGUAGCUUUUCGUUCCCUGCCUUAUGAAGAUGAGAUUGUUUUUGCUGAGGACUACAUUAUGGAUGAAGACAUGUCUACAAUGGCUGGACUAACUGAAUUAAAUGGUGCUAUUAAUCAGUUAGCAAGGAAGUACCGAAAUCUUCAGCUUGAUAAAGAAGAGUUUGUCAUGCUCAAAGCUAUUGCUCUCACAAAUUCCGAUUCGGUUCAUAUAGAGGACUUAGAGGCAGUUCAGCACCUCAAGGAUGUUCUCCAUGAAGCUCUACUCGAGUAUGAAUCCACCAAACACUCAGACGAGCCCCGGCGAGCUGGAAAACUGCUGAUGACUCUACCACUGCUGAGACAAACAGCCAACCGUGCCCUUCAUCACUUCUAUAACCUCAAAGUGGAGGGUAAGGUACCGAUGCACAAGCUGUUCCUGGAGAUGCUGGAGGCUAUGAUGGAUUCUCCUUGACAGCAGGUCAAGAAGGAAAAAAAAGAGACAAUAAUGUUGGCCCUCAAAAAUACAAAAGGGCCUUUAUUUGUUCUAAAGCCAUAUUGGUCUGCAAAGCUAUUAUGUAAAAAGCUGGUCAAGGACAACAAAGAUAUUUAAUAUUGUCAAACAGUACUUCCAUCCUCCUUAGAAGAGGGACUGAACCCAUUAAUGGUGUGCUAUUGUGAAGUGGAACUAAUGAAAGAAACGCUUUUGCAGGAUCUCCAAGUGAACACACACCUUGAUGUCUUGAUUUGGGAGUUUCUUUCAUCUUUCUUCAAUUCUGGCUUCACUGCUAAGAAACAUGAUAAUUAUGAACCAAUAGUAAUUUCCUUCUGGCAAACAAAACAUCAACUCUGGGCAUGUCAGACCAAGCUGUAUGUGAAUCACCAUGCCAUACACAUUUUAAUUAGAUGACAUCUAAGGAAAGAAAUCUGAUUAUGACUACUGUAGUUCUAGUGAAGGAAGCUUUUAUACAUUUUAAAAAAGGGAAUUCCUAAUUUGAAAUAUUAUUAGAUUUUUAUUUAUUGUUAUUUUUUUAUAAUAGGGUUAUUUAUGACAUUACUGUCUUUCCUGUUUGAUGACAGCACCACUUCCAUCAGUGCCUCAACAUUAACAAGAAUAAACGGUCUUCCCACCAUUUUCAUCCUUACAAAUGAUGUUCUAUAAAGUAGUUUCUCUGCAUUCCCAUUGUACAAAAUCAUGAAACCAUAGCACACGCUGUACAGACUUUUUUCCCCUGUUAUAGCCAAGAAUCACACCUGGCUUGGAAAUAUUUUGUAGCAGGAAUGACAGGUUAAGAGUGAAAUAGCAGUAGCCUUUAAUAUACUGUAGAAAUGGUCAUUUAGCACAGAUGGCACAUAAAUUCUUUUUUUUUACAUGAACUUUAUUUCAAAUAGCACCAGACACCUUCACUAUUAUCCCUCUAAGGGUAAGCUGCAAAUGAGUGUUUGCUUAGACAUUGAAUGUACACUUACUGUGUACUUUUAUGUGAGGAAUGCGACACAUAUUCCAGGUGACACUUGCUGCUAAGUGUUAUUGUAAAGUUUACCAUUUACAUGAAAGCUAAUGCUACUUGACAGCAAUAAAAGAUCAACAGCAAGCAUAUAAAUGGCUGUUUAUUUACAGCAUAUUUUUUUAGUACUGUUAUGUUGGUGUUCAAUAUUUACUACUUACCCAUAAUGUUUCAGGUAAUAAAUGUUAAUUUCACUAUUAAGAUGUACAUGUAUGCAAUACAAUCAUUAUAUACAGUAUAUGUGUGUGUAUAAUUAUAUAGUCUUGCAAUAUUAUUUUAUUAGUAUUUAUUUAGGGCAGCUAUAUCAUGCAAGGGUUUACUAAGGUCAUUCCAGAGGUACCCAGACUAUUUCACCCUAAAACUGUUUUGUUGCUUUGAAAAAUAGUUUCAAUAACAAAAUUGUUGCUAAUGAUAGAUACAUUUUAACUGAUUUUGUAAGCGGAUUUUUCAUCAAACAGGUAAAUCUAUUCUGCGAGCGAACAUCCACAAUACAAAGAAACAAUACACCACAUAGCAUUUGUUUAGAAUUAAAUAUUAAGGCAUGGUAUCAUAGAAUGCAGUAUUGGUAAAAAAAAAAAAUGCUGUUGCAGACCAAGACUUAAAUCCAAAGUAGAACAUUACAGAUUAUAGUUAACAGAAUUAUUGCCACAUGAAUACAGAAAAGGAUGCAAACUCCUAAAACAUCAAUUCCUUUUUGUCCACAUAGACUGCAGUAUAAAUGUGCAGGUGACCUUAACAUCUGUGCAAAAGCACUUUAGACAGCUUUUGCAAAGGAGCAGAUGGUGCAUUCUUAAAGAGCAAACUGUGCAAAGUAGCAGAAAUCUAUGAAUGUGGAUGCAUAUGCAGUUUCAUUUUGACCUUUAGUCUCUGUUCAUCCUAAACAUAAGUAAAAUUACUGACAGGAAAGCAGGAGGAUUUUUCUAUGAUCAGGUUGGCUAGGCCUGCCAGCUCAGUGCCUCCCUGAAACGUGGAAAAGGCAUAAUAACUUUACUGAAAGAAAAAAAAAAUGUGUAGCUCUAUCAUUUCAGAAAUAACUGAAUAAGCAGAGUCCCAGCAAACAAUCUGAUGUUGCAAGCUGUGGAUGAUAUGCUGGGAAGAGACAUCAAGGUGCUUUAUUUGUAAGAAUCAAAAUAUAUACAGUAUGAAUUAAAAAAAUAUCAAGAUAAACUGUUAUAAAAGGGAAGACAUUUUAAUUGGUACAGUUUAGAGGAGCUUUGCUUUAGCAGAGAGUCUGAGCUUCAGGUGUGAGCAUUUGCUGUCGACAGCGUGAUUGGCCUUGAACUGAAAUCUAUCUGUUAAAAACAAUGCAGAGCCGGGGAUGCGAACAUCAACAGACAUUAGACUUCCAGUUUUAAUUUAAAAAUAAACUAACAUGCUUUUCCUAACACUAAACAGGAUGUGGUGCUGAAAUUAAGGAAAUACAUAUGUCCUUUAUUUUUCUUUAUAGCAUUUACUGACUUGAUUCAAACAGAAAAUGACCUUGUUAUAUCCUAUUUAAAACACAGUAUUACAUCUACUUGACUGAAACACGAAGAGCAAGUGGAAGACCAAACUAGCUAGAAUCAGAAAUGUGUUUUAAAUUGCACUUUGGAUGCAUUCUUCUUGACCAGAUUGGAACUAUAUUUGAAAAAAGAAAAAAAAAA